UAAGUGGGCGGGACCAGGGUAGGUUCGGCUCCCCAAAAAGGCGGCAGGCACAGCAAAUUCGCCAUUCCUUGUGCAAUCUCUGGAGACGCGUUAUGCAGAUGUGAGUGCCGCGGAGCCGCAGUGUCCGCUUGGGGCCGCCUGGGAAAGUCAGCGUCAGCAGCAGCUCAGUGGCGGGAACCGCAGCCCGGCGGCCCUGGAACCUCCCAGGUCUCCCUGAUCAACUUGACCCCCUGUGCAGCAGAACCAGCCCUGUCUGGUGAAGAGAAGGGAGACAGCAGCUGAGGAUCUAGGUUUAUCUUUUGGACACAAUUGUACAAAAGUUGCAAGAAGAGGAAAAAUGGCGGGUUCUCCAAUAAAUACAUCCCAGGGUCUGUUGACAUUCCAGGAUGUGGCUGUGGACUUCACACAGGAGGAGUGGGAAUGCCUGGACUCUGCUCAGAGGACUUUGUACAUUGAUGUGAUGUUGGAGAAUUACAGCAACCUGGUCUCUCUGGGUAUUAUUUCGUGCAAGGCAGACCUGGUCCCCUGUCUAGAGCAAAUCCAAAUGGCCUGCAAUGUGAAGAAAGAGGAGAUGGUGGCCAGACCAGAGAACCAUCAGAUGUGCAGUAACUCAGAGGAGGUCUUGGAUCAAGACUCAAAGCGUAUUGUCUAUGAGCAUGUGGCUAUUCAACCAAAGUCGUGUAAAUGUAAUGAACUUGACAAAAUGAUUGGAUCGUCCACAUGGACACUGUGCAAAACAAAUAAUACUACAGAAAACUGCUACAAAUACAGAUGCAUACAAUACCACGGGGAUGAGUGUACUGAGUCAGUCAUCUUCAGUAGACAAGAGAAUGCGCACACUGGAGAAGAACCUUGCAAAUGUAAAGAUCUUGGCAAAUCUUUAAGUUUGUUUUCAAACAUAAGUCAGAGUCAUGGAAUCUACCCAGGAAAUAAAGAGUAUAAAAACAGCGAAUGUCAUAAAUCUUUUGGCUUUCCCCCAAAACUUGUACAGCUAAACAUCCCUAAUGAAGAAAAACCACACCAAUUUGGGAAAUGUGGGAAAUCCCUCAGGACCUGCUCAAGCCUCAGUAUACAUCAGAGAGCUCAUACUGGAGAGAAACUAUGGAAAUGCACAGAAUGUGACAAGUCAUUUAAUUGCUUGUCUGACCUUAAAACCCAUUACAGAAUCCAUCCUGGAGAGAAACCAUUCAAAUGUAAGAAAUGUGACAAAUCUUUUACCUGCUACUCAUCUCUUAAAGAACAUCAAAACAUCCAUGAGGGAAAACUUCACAAAUGUCAGGCAUGUGACAAAUCCUUUACCUACUUCUCAUCUCUUAGAGAACAUCAGAACAUCCAUGACGGAAAAGUUUACAGAUGUUGGAAAUGUGACAAAUCCUUUACCCGAUGCUCAUCUCUUAGAGCACAUGAGAAAAUUCACACUGGAGUAAAACCUUUCAAAUGUAAGGAAUGCAGUAAGUCUUUUUAUAUGCUGUCUCAACUUAGAAAACAUGACAGAAUCCACACUGGAGAGAAGCCUUUCAAAUGUAGGGAAUGUGACAAGUCUUUUUCCUACUGCUCAUCUCUUAGAGAACAUCAGAACAUGCAUGCUGGAAAACUUUAUAAAUGUCAGAUAUGUAACAAAUCCUUUACGCGGUGCUCAACUCUUAGAACACAUGAGAAAAUUCAUACUGGAGAAAAACCUUUCAACUGUAAGGAAUGUGGAUUUGUUGACAGUGACUGUGGACUUCUUCCAGGAGGAAAAGCAAUGCCUGCAGCCUGCUCACAGGGCCUGGUACUGAGAAUGGAUGCUGCCCAAUUGCAGCAGUCUGCUUCCUAUGGCAUGCAUGUCUGUCUGCCUGGUGCCUCUGGAGGUCACAAGAGGACAUUGGGUCCCCUGCAUGUUGAUCCUAGGAUUUUAACCCCGGUAGUCUGGAAAAGCAGAACGUUGACAAGACCUUUGACAUUGUCUGUAACAGAGUUGGAUUCUAUACUUAUAUUUUUGAUUCCUCGAUGUGAAAUGUCAAGAAGCAUUCCAGUCUUUGUUCCUGAGACAGAAACUCAGAGAAGAGCAACACAGAGAAUGGAUGAUUAUCCGGUAAAUGUGCCCCAGGAUCCAUUGACAUUCAGGGAUGUGACUGUGGUCCUGUCCCAGGAGGAGUGGGAAUGUCUGGACGCUGCUCAGAGGACUUUGUACAUGGAUGUGAUGUUGGAGAAUUACAGCAAUCUAGUCUUUGUAGAGAACCAUCGUCCAUGUGGGAAUCAUGAAAAAUUCCAGGAUCAAGGCUUAAAGCAUAUUGUCCAUCACCGUCAUGUGAAUAUCCAAGAGAUUUCUUGUAAAUGUAUGGGCAAAAUGAUUCGUGAGUCCUCCCAAUAUACACCGUAUGACACGAGCGAUACUGCGGAAAACUACAGUACCUUCAGAUGUGGUGGCCAUGAGGAUGCUUCUGUCAAGUCAUCAGUCAUAGAAAGACAUAAAAGUGGGGACUCUGGAGAAGAACCUCACACAUGUAAAGACUGUGUGAACGGUUCAAAUUUGUUUCCUAUCAGUCAAAAUCAAAGGAUCCCCUCGAGCCUCCGUAUACACCAGAAAAACCAUUCUGGAGAGAAACCCUACAAAUGCAACGCCUGUGGCAAGUGCUUUUAUCACCUGUAUCAGGUUAAGUACCAUUACAAGACCCACACAGCAGAGAGAGCGUACAAAUGCAGCGAAUGCCACAAAGGCUUUAGUCAGCUGACACACCUCAGAAGCCACCAGACAAUCCAUACGGGGGAGAAACAUUACAAAUGUGACGGAUGUGGCAAAUGCUUCAGCCGACUGACAUACCUAAGAACCCAUCAGAGAAUCCAUACGGGAGAAAAACCUUACAGAUGCAGCGAGUGUGACAAGUGCUUCAUCCAGAAAGCCCAGCUUACAAUCCAUCAGAGAAUCCAUACGGGGGAAAAGCCUUACAGAUGCAGUCAGUGUGAGAAAUCCUUCACGUGUUGCUCAGGUCUUAGAAAACACCAGCGAAUACAUACAGGAGAGAAGCCUUACAAAUGCAGUGAGUGUGAGAAAUCCUUUGCCAGUGGCUCAGAUCUUAGAAGACAUCAGAAGAUUCACACUGGGGAGAAACCUUACAAAUGCAGCGAGUGUGACAAAUGUUUCAUUCAGAAAGUCCAACUUAGAAUCCAUCAGAGAAUUCAUUCGGGAGAGGAACCUUACAAAUGCAGGGAGUGUGUCAAAGUCUUUACCCACCUGUCAGGUCUAAGAAAACAUCAGAGAGUUCAUAGUAGGGAAGGAAGGUUUCCAUUGAUAAAUAAUGUGGCACGUGCUUUAUCUAAGUUCUGUUCUUAGGGACCGUUGCAGGCUCCCCACUAGAGAAUCGUAAACAUGAGAAACUUCCGAAAUCCUGUAAGUAAUGUUCAAAUGGUAGAAAACAUCAGGAGUUUAUAUUGAGGGAAAAUUAUUCAAAUGUGACGAUGUGGGAAAAUUUUCAUUAAGAUGGUCUACCUUUUCGACCUCAAAUACUUCAUAAUGGAGUCAAAGUGGAAAAACCUGAAAAAUAUACUGUUGUGUACCCAUUUCCUGGAGACUGAAAUGUUCCAUCCUGAAGGAAAGCUGAUUAAGGCAGGAAAUAAAAACUCCCAAAUAUCUCAGGAAGUCCCUGAAACUGACAGGAUGCACUUUGCUUGACUCCCAUGAAGAAACUCGGGCCACGCGUGCUAUUUAGAAAAGGCUUUGACAAACUGAACCACCAAAAUAGGAUGCCUUUCAACCUGUAGACAUGCUGCAGGUGUACAGUGUGCUCCAGGUGUCUAUUGUUCAUAAACUGUAUUCCGUGCUGGGUUUGCGUUCCCUGAUGGCAUCUGGCUUUGAGUCCCUUUUGUUCCUGCAAGCAUCUCUUUCCCAAUAUUUCUGUGAGUAUUCCCAAUAAAGCUCAGUGGUUCAACAA